ACACAAAGUAUUAAGGCGAACUGUUUCUUAAACCUUCAGCAGCUCCUUUAACUCACAUCUCGACAUCAACUUCGCCAUGGCGUCGGACUUCGAUCUCGUCAUCUUCGGCGCAUCGGGCUUCACCGGAAAGUACGUGAUCCGUGAAGCCCUAAAGUUUUUCUCAUCCCCUACUUGUCCUUUCAAAACUCUGGCACUUGCCGGCCGAAAUCCCUCCAAGAUCUCCGAAUCCUUAGCCUGGGCAGCCUCCCCUUCCUCUCCUCCUCCCAUACCCAUCAUCUCCGCCGAUGUAUCUGAUCGACUCUCCCUUCUCAAUCUAUUCCGACGCACCCGCCUCGUUCUCAACUGCGUCGGUCCCUUCCGCCUCUAUGGAGAUCCCGUCGUCGCUGCGUGCGUUGAGGUGGGUACUGAUUACCUCGAUAUCUCCGGCGAGCCUGAGUUCAUGGAGCGGAUGGAGCUGCAGUAUCACGAGAUGGCGAAACAUACUGGAGCUUUGGUUAUUUCGGCUUGUGGAUUUGAUUCGAUACCGGCUGAGAUGGGCUUCAUUUUUCAUUCGAGGCAGUGGGAACCGCCUGCUGCGGCUAAUCGGGUUGAGGCGUAUGUGGUUUUGGAGUCGGAGAGGAGUAUUGUGGGGAAUAUUGGUACUUAUAUGUCUGCGGUUCUUGGGGUGGCUAAUGCUUCGAGUUUACAGGAGCUGAGAAGAUCUAAACCUAGAAGAGCACGGCCACAGAUUCCUGGUCCUCCCUUCAAGCCUAAAUCAAUUGAGAAGCAGAAGUCAUUGGCCCUCUGGGCGCUGAAACUACCCUCAGCUGAUGCCAUCGUCGUUCGUCGAACACUUGCCGCUCUGACAGAGAACCCGGAAGGUCUUCAAGGCGCCGACGAAACCGACGAGCACGCUGUGAAGAGAAGGCAACUAUGGCUGACCAUCAAACCUGCCCACUUCGGCGUAAAGAUCGGAUCGAAGUCCCCGUGGAGCAUCCUAAGGUUCAUGAUAACCGGUUUAUUCAUCGGUCUGCUCGGAAUGUUUGCAUUUGGGAGGAAGCUUCUGCUGAAAUUCCCAGCCUUCUUCUCCCUAGGAGGGUUUAGCAACAGAGGACCGACAGAAGAAGAAGUCGACAGUGCUAGUUUUAAGAUGUGGUUUGUAGGAGAAGGAUACAGUGAUGUUAGACUUGCAGCAGAGGGGAAAGCGAAGCCUGAUACUGAGAUAAUCACAAGAGUUUCAGGCCCUGAGAUUGGAUAUGUCACCACCCCCAUCAUACUGAUUCAGUGUGCUUUUAUUGUGUUGAGCCAGAGGCACAACUUGCCAAAGGGGGGAGUUUAUCCACCUGGAAUCAUCUUCGGCACGACGAACCUGCAAGAACGUCUUGAGGCGAAUGGGGUGUGUUUCGACUUCGUGUCGAAGCGAUCUCUGCGGCCGUAAGUAUUUUGGUGUUUGCUUUUAGAUUUGUCAAUUAUGUUGAAGCUUUGUGCUUCAAUUGCCAAAGGAUUGAAGUUAUGUGCCAAGGUGUUAAAAGCCUUGUGGAAUAAAUCCUUGUUCUUUUGUUGCUUUUGGGUUGGGAAAGUGAAAGUUAAUCAGUUUUUGUUUAUUUGCUUGAGAAUGAUUAAGGUUGAAGUGAUGCUUUUGAAAAUCAA